GAUGGCGUCCAACCCCCAACGGGGGGAGAUUCUGCUCAGGGAACUGCAGGGGGAUUCCCGAAGUCUUCCAUUUUCUGAGAAUGUGAGUGCUGUUCAAAAAUUAGACUUUUCAGAUACAAUGGUGCAGCAGAAAUUGGAUGAUAUCAAGGAUCGAAUUAAGAGAGAAAUAAGGAAAGAACUGAAAAUCAAAGAGGGAGCUGAAAAUCUGAGGAAAGUCACAACAGAUAAAAAAAGUUUGGCUUAUGUAGACAACAUUUUGAAAAAAUCAAAUAAAAAAUUAGAAGAACUAUAUCACAAGCUGCAGGAAUUAAAUGCACAUAUUGUUGUAUCAGAUCCAGAAGAUAUUACAGAUUGCCCAGUGACUCCAGGUACUCCAAAUAGUGACCCUCAUUGUUCUACUAGCAACAAUAGAUUGAAGGUGCUACAAAAACAGUUGGAUAUAGAACUUAAAGUAAAACAAGAUGCAGAGAAUAUGAUACAGAUGUAUUCAAAUGGAUCUUCAAAGGAUCAGAAACUCCAUGGUAUAGCUCAGCAACUGCUCCAGGACAGCAAGACAAAAAUAGAAGUCAUACCAAUGCAGAUUCUUCAGGCAGUCCAGACUAAUGAAUUGGCUUUUGAUAAUACAAAACCUGUGAUAAGUCCUCUUGAACUUCGGAUAGAAGAAUUAAGGCAUCAUUUUAGGAUACAGUUUGCAAUAGCAGAAGGUGCAAAGAAUGUAAUGAAAUUACUUGGCUCAGGAAAAGUAACAGACAGAAAAGCACUUUCAGAAGCUCAAGCAAGAUUUAAUGAAUCAAGUCAGAAGUUGGACCUUUUAAAUUAUUCAUUAGAGCAAAGAUUAAAUGAACUCCCCAAGAAUCAUCCCAAAAGCAGUAGUAUUAUUGAAGAACUUUCACUUGUUGCCGCAUCACCAACACUAAGUCCAGGUCAAAGUAUGAUAUCUACACAAAAUCAAUAUAGUACACCAUCCAAACCAGCAGCAUUAACAGGGACUUUGGAAGUGCGUCUUAUCGGCUGCCAAGAUAUCCUAGAGAAUGUCCCUGGACGGUCAAAAGCAACAUCAGUUGCACUGCCUGGUUGGAGUCCAAGUGAAACCAGAUCAUGUUUCAUGAGCAAAACGAGUAAAAGUAAAAGCAGAAGUAGUGGAAAUCUUCUAAAAACCGAUGACUUGUCCAAUGAUGUCUGUGCUGUUUUGAAGCUCGAUAAUACUGUGGUUGGCCAAACUAGCUGGAAACCUAUUUCCAAUCAGUCAUGGGACCAGAAGUUUACACUGGAACUGGACAGGUCACAUGAACUGGAAAUUUCAGUUUAUUGGCGUGAUUGGCGGUCUCUCUGUGCUGUAAAAUUUCUGAGGUUAGAAGAUUUUUUAGACAACCAACAGCAUGGCAUGUGUCUCUAUUUGGAACCACAGGGUACUUUAUUUGCAGAGGUUACCUUUUUUAAUCCAGUUAUUGAAAGAAGACCAAAACUUCAAAAACAAAAGAAAAUUUUUUCAAAGCAACAAGGCAAAAGAUUUCUCAGAGUUCCUCAAAUGAAUAUUAUUAUUGCCAUUUGGAGAAGGCUAGUAAGAAGAGCUAUUCCUACAGUAAAUCAUUCUGGCACCUUCAGCCCUCAAGCUCCUGUGCCUACUACAGUGCCAGUGGUUGAUGACAUCCCUGAACUAACACCUCCAGCUAGUGAUUCUACAGCAGUGAAACUGGACUUUGAUCUUGAGCCUGAACCUCCUCCAGCCCCACCACGAGCUUCUUCCCUUGGAGAAAUAGAUGAAUCUUCUGAAUUAAGAGUUUUGGAUACACCAGGACAGGAUUCAGAGACUGCUUUUGAUAUUGAGAAUGACAGAAAUAAUAUACUUCCAAAAUCUCAAUCUGAAUACAAGCCUGAUACUCCUCAGUCAGGCCUAGAAUAUAGUGGUAUUCAAGAACUUGAGGAUAGAUCUCAGCAAAGGUUUCAGAUUAAUCUACAAGAUUUCAGGUGUUAUGCUGUCUUGGGAAGAGGACAAUUUGGAAAGGUGCUUUUAGCUGAAUAUAAACACACAAAUGAGAUGUUUGCUAUAAAAGCCUUAAAGAAAGGAGAUAUUGUGGCUCGAGAUGAAGUAGACAUCCUGAUGCGUGAAAAAAGAAUUUUCGAAACUGUGAAUAGUGUAAGGCAUCCCUUUUUGAUGAACCUUUUUGCAUGUUUCCAAACCAAAGAGCAUGUUUGCUUUGUAAUGGAAUAUGCUGCUGGUGGGGACCUAACGAUGCACGUUUGUACUGAUGUCUUUUCUCAACCAAGAGCUGUAUUUUAUGCUGCUUGUGUAGUUCUUGGGUUGCAGUAUUUACAUGAACACAAAAUUGUUCAUAGAGAUUUGAAAUUGGAAAACUUAUUGCUAGAUACAGAGGGCUUUGUGAAAAUUGCUGAUUUUGGUCUUUGCAAAGAAGGAAUGGGAUAUGGAGAUAGAACAAGCACAUUCUGUGGCACUCCUCUAUAUCUUGCCCCAGAAGUAUUAACAGAAACUUCUUAUACAAGGGCUGUAGAUUGGUGGGCCCUUGGCAUGCUUAUAUAUGAAAUGCUUGUUGGUGACUCUCCCUUUUUUGGUGUGGUUGAAGAGAAAGUUUAUGACAAUAUUGUAAAUGGUGAAGUAAGGUAUCCAAGGUUCUUAUCUACAGUAGCCAUUUCUAUAAUGAGAAGUCUGUUAAGAAGAAAUCCUGAGCAGCGCCUUGGGGCUACUGAGAAAGAUGCAGAGGAUGUAAAAGAGCACCCAUUUUUCUGGCUAAUUGAUUGGAGCGCUCUGAUGGACAAAAAAGUAAAGCCACCAUUUAUACCUACCAUAAGAGGACGAGAAGAUGUUAGUCAUUUCGAUGAUGAAUUUACCUCAGAAGCACCUAUUCUGACUCCACCUCGAGAACGAAGGAUACUUUCGGAAGAGGAGCAGGAAAUGUUCAGAGAUUUUGACUACACUGCUGAUUGGUGUUAAGUUGCUUGACACUGCGAAACCAAGCUGACUGACUCACAAGAAGACCUCUUAAAAAUAGCAACCCUUCAUUUGCUCCCUGUGCCACUAAUAGCUUCUGAGUUUUGUUUUGUUUUGCUUUUAAUUGAAACACGUGAAGAUUUGUUUAAAAGUACCAUUCUAAUACUUCUUCAAAAGUGGCUUCUCAUUGUACUUCAGCGUAAAUAUGAGCACCGGGAACAGUUUCAUGGAGUUUAAGUUGAGUGAACAUCGGCCAUGAAAAUCCAUCACAAAUACUUUGGAUCAAUAGUCUAUUUUAAAAAAGAAAGAAAAAAACCACUUUUUUAUAGUCCCUAGGUUUGCCAUAUGCCUGCCUUAAGUGGAAGGAAAAUUAAUCACUUAACUAUGUUUUACAAAAAGAAAAAAAGGGCUUGGAAUGCUAUUAUUGUUCACACAAAGUACGAUUCUGUUUGAAUAAGGCAAAUGCU